GAGCAACUUAGAUGCAUCGCAUAAUGAGAUAAAAACUGGCAGAGAAACAGAAGAAAAGAGAAAUAAUCCUUUUUGGUUUUUAGUCCUUCUCAUCGGCUUUGCUGCUGCUUAGGUCAUUUCAGCACCGCGAGCAGCGGACAGCGACUGCCGUCGGGAGAAAGAAGGGAAGAAGAAAAAGUGAAGCCGUUUUCUGCCUGGAUUGUACUGGAAGCUGAUUGUUGGUGGGAAAAAAGCCUGUAUUGCGUGGAGGAAUAUAUACCAGUAGAUCAGUCCCGUUUUAGUCAGGCUUUAACAUUUUCACGUAUUACCCUUCAGCUCCGGAUACCGGCGCUGCCAUCCGAUGUGAUUCUGGAGAGCUUUCUUAAGAAAGCACUUCAUCGACAAAUAAAUAAACGAUUUUCCCCCCCCACAUUUCGGAUUAGAAGGAUUGAUGAACGGGCAGCGUUUACAGCCAAUAUCUCUUUACCACCUGUUAACAGAAUAUCAGCCCAUGGGAGCAGCGAGGGCCCAGUGGAGUAACUCCUGAGCCUCGGCAAGGGUGGCAUAUCCCUGGAGUCCGAUGCCCGUCCAGGCCUGAUCUCCGUGAAGUUUGAACCUCCAGCAAGGACAGCUGUUCCCACUGUGCCUUAGCACAUGGAUUUCAAGAGUUCCACUGAGGAGGUACGAUACGAGCUUAAAUACCAGCCUCUCAGCCGUACUGUGACAAAGAGUGGGGUUUACUUGCUGCAGGAUGGUCACCAGGAGCUGUUCAAUGUUCGACUGCACUUAGCUAAAGACAUUCUGACUCUUCAAGAGCAAGACGUCAUUUGUGUAUCAGGCGAGCCAUUCUAUUCAAGCGAAAGAACAGUGACAAUCAGAAGACAGACAAUUGGAGGAUUUGGCUUAAGUAUUAAGGGCGGCGCCGAGCACAAUAUCCCAGUGGUGAUAUCCAAAAUUUCCAAAGAGCAAAAAGCUGAAUUAUCUGGAUUGCUGUUCAUUGGCGACGGCAUCCUUCAGAUAAAUGGAAUAAAUGUGAGAAGCUACCGUCACGAAGAAGUGGUCCAGGUCUUGAGAAACGCUGGGGAGGAAGUGACGUUGACCGUCUCCUUCUUGAAAAAGACGCCGGCCUUCCUGAAACUGCCGCUCUGUGAAGAUUGCACAUGUUUACCCAGUGACCAGAGCAGUGGGACGUCCUCGCCCCUAUGUGACAGCGGCUUGCACUUAAACUAUCAUCCCAACAACACGGACACGUUGUCCUGCUCGUCUUGGCCGACGUCCCCAGGGCUGCGGUGGGAGAAGCGGUGGGUGGAUCUGCGGCUCAUCCCUCUGCUGCACUCACGCCUGUCCCAGUACGUCCCGGGCUCUGACGUCUGCAGAAAAAACGCCUUUCAAGUCAUCGCAGUGGACGGGGUCUGCAGUGGGGUGAUCCAGUUGCCGUCCGCUGACGACUGUUUAGACUGGCUUCAAGCAAUAGCAGCUAAUAUAUCUGCUCUCACAAAGCACAAUGUGAAGAAAAUCAACAGGAAUUUCCCUGUAAAUCAGCAGAUCAUCUACAUGGGCUGGGUGGAGGAGAAGGAGCAGGACUGCGUUCAGGACCGCAUGUACGCCCCCAAGUUCCUGGCUCUACGCGGCUCCUCCCUCUUCAAGUUCUCCGCACCGCCUGUAACAACAUGGGACUGGACACGAGCAGAGAGGAGCUUCACGGUGUAUGAAAUCAUGUGUAAAAUAUUAAAGGACAGCGACCUUCUGGACCAACGGAAGCACUGCUUCAGUCUGCAGACGGAGUGCGGGGAGGACCUGUUCUUCAGCGUGGAGCUGGACUCUGAGCUGCUGGUGUGGGAGAAGGCCUUUCAGAUGUCUACCUUCUUAGAGGUCGAGAGGAUGCAGUGCAAAACGUACGCCUGCAUUAUGGAAAGUCAUCUCAUGGGACUCACAAUAGACUUCGGCAUGGGGUUUGUCUGUUUUGAUGCAGCAUCUAAGGCUGUCCUCUGGAGAUACAAGUUCUCCCAGCUCAAAGGGUCAUCCGAUGAUGGGAAGAGCAAGAUCAAGUUUCUGUUUCAAAACCAAGACACUAAACUCAUUGAAGCUAAGGAGCUGGAGUUCUCCAACCUCUUUGCAGUGCUGCACUGCAUCCACUCCUUCUUUGCUGCCAAAGUGGCCUGCCUGGACCCCUUGUUUGUGGGUAGCCAAGGUGCAGCCACUGCAUCAGUGACUCCGGCCCCCACGGUUGCCCCCGUCUCUUGUACUGCUACAUCUGGGAAGAUCAAAUACACCACUUGACAAUCCCUGGGAAGGAACCUCCCCCACCCCCCCAUCGCUUCAUCACUAAGGCAAGUGCAGGGACAGAGUAUCUAAUCCUGGAUUCCGCUGCUCUCGCGGCCCCAAGACCUCCACAUCCUCUGCUCUAUAUUCGGGUUCUAUGGGAAUGGAAGAUGUUACCGUGUGCUAAUAUUUUUUUUCCCCCAUUUUUCUUUCAGUCCACCACAAACGAUAUAAACCCCGUUGUAAAUUAGUCGUACCUCAUUUGAUGCCGUUGUCAUUAAUGUAAAUACUGGGUCAAAAUGUGGGGUCGCCGCAGACAUAUUAAUGCCGUUCUAUUUUUACAAACCAAUCGGCUCCACGGGAAUUCCGCAUGCAAAUGAACUGGCG